AUGGCAUGUGAUGACAGGGGAGCCCGUACAGUCCACAGCGUGCGAGAUCCCCAGCAGGUCUUGCAAGCUAAGAGAGUCAAGCCAGGCGGCCCCGCGCUCACCCCUGCCCCCCGCCAGGCCUGGCUGAACGAGAAGUUUGCCCCGGAGCUGCUGGAGAGCAAAGCGGAGGUGGUGGAGUGUGUGAUGGAGCAGCUGGAGCACAUGGAGUCCAACCUGAAGCGGGUCAAGGGCGUGGACCUGAAGGUCGGCAUCCACCGCAUGGAGAUCGAGCGCAUCCGCUACGUGCUCAGCAGCUACCUGCGCUGCCGCCUGGGGAAGAUCGAGAAGUUCUUCCCCCACGUCCUGGAGAAGGAGAAGUCCCGUGCGGACGGGGACCCUUCCAUCCUGUCCCCGGAGGAGUUUGCCUUUGCCAAGGAGUACACGGCGAACACAGAGAGCUACCUAAAGAGCGUGGCACUGAAGCACAUGCCCCCCAACCUGCAGAAGGUGGAUCUCCUCCAGGCUGUUCCCAAACCCAACCUGGACUCCUUCGUGUUCCUGCGUGUGCUGGAGCGGCAGGAGAACAUCCUCGUGGAGCCCGAGACCGACGAGCAGAGCGAGUACACCAUCGACCUGGAAGAGGGCUCCCAGCACCUGAUCCGCUACAAGACCAUCGCGCCCCUCGUGGCCUCGGGCGCCGUGCAGCUCAUCUAGGGCCGGAGAGCGCCCCAGCGCGGGGGGGGCACCACCCCGCCACGCCCCUCGGGGCCCUG